AUGUCCAUUUCCGCCAUGUCGGAGGACCACGAUAUUCACAUUACCUCUUCCAAAGAGAAAUACCCUAAUUACAACGCCGAGAUGACCAAAGAAGGAGAUGUGGAGAAUGCUGCUGGGCAGCUGGAGGAAAUCCACAAUUUCAAACAGGGACUCCACCAGCGACACAUCCAGAUGAUCGCGCUGGCUGGCACUGUUGGAACGGGUCUGUUUCUCAGCUCAGGUCGUGCCAUCGCCCAUGCCGGCCCAUUAGGAGCAUUCCUGUCAUAUUCCAUUAUUGGUCUCGCUGUAUCGAGUGUGGUCUUUGGUGUCGGAGAGAUGGGCUCAUUGGCGCCUCUGAACGGUGGUGUAAUACGUUAUGCGGAAAUAUUCUUCGAUCCUGCCCUCGCAUUUGCCAAUGGAUGGAAUCAAGUGUACUCCUAUAUUGUAUCCAUCCCGGCCGAAUUGGUCGCGUGUGCCGUCAUUGUCGAGUUCUGGAUCACCGUCAGCAGCGCCAUAUGGAUCACCGUGUUUGGUCUCAUUAUGAUAGUAACAGCUCUUCUCUUCGUGCGCAUUUAUGGUGAACUCGAAUUCGGUUUUUCGAUUCUCAAAAUCAUGUUGGUUAUCGGUAUCAACAUCAUGGCUCUGGUCAUCACUUGCGGCGGAGCGCCAAACCACAAAACCACGGGGUUCGAAUAUUGGAAGGCUCCGUACGGCCCUUUCGUCCAAUACCUUGGCAUCAAGGGCUCACUAGGUCGAUUCCUCGGAUUUUGGACCACAUUCAGCAACGCUCUAUACGCUUAUUCAGGCAUUGAAAAUAUCACGGUUGCUGCUGCAGAGACCCGAAGCCCCCGCCAAGCUAUUCCAAUGGCCGCACGCCGCAUCUUUGUCCGUAUCCUACUAUUCUACGUUAUUACGAUAUUCAUGGUCGGUUUGGUUGUAUCCUCUGCCGACCCCAGUCUACUCCGAGACUCUGGAACAGCGGCCCAGUCUCCUUUCGUCAUUGCCGCCAAGGAUGCCGGUAUCAAAGUGGUGCCAUCGAUCAUCAAUGCCGUUGUCCUUACCUCAGCUUGGUCAUCGGGUAACUCUAACAUGCUUGGUGGCUCUCGAAUUCUAUAUGGUAUGGCAAUGCAGGGCCAUGCUCCCGCUAUCUUCAAGCGUCUUAACCGCUACUCAAUCCCCUACGUCGCCGUCGCCCUUUACGGCAUCUUUAUGGCCCUUGGUUAUAUGAGUCUCUCUGACGGCGCAUCCUUGGCUUUCACAUGGCUUCAGGACCUAGUUUCUAUUUCCACAAUAGUCAACUGGAUUACUAUCCUGGUCGUUUACCUACGAUUCCUAUAUGGAUGCCAGAAGCAAGGGAUCGACCGGAAGAGAGAAUUGCCCUGGGCGGCUCCGUUCCAGCCUUAUGGCACAUGGUUUUCAUUGGUCAUUUUCGUUCUUCUCUUCCUCACUGGAGGAUAUUCUACGUUUAUGAAGGGACAUUGGAGUACGGAAACUUUUAUUUCCUCUUACUUCAAUUUGCCGUUUAUUCUCAUCGUGUACUUUGGCUACAAGCUCUGGAUGAAGACGAAGAUCAUUCCGUUGGAGGAUAUUCCAAUUCGGGCCUUCAUUGAACAUUACCAGCAGAACCCCGAGCCAGAGCCCGCGCCCAAACGGGGGAUUCAGCGAUUGAAUAUUCUAUGGUCUUAA